UCAACAACUCUAUUUAUAAAAUUGCAUGUAUUUGUGUAAUGCCGGGCAAUUCUAAAAGCAUGAUGCUUGUUUCUUAAUUAAGUGACAUCCCAGUCAAUCAAUUCCGGGCUUCCAUCCAGCUGCUGGUAUUUCUAGUGAUUUUAUUUUGAAGUCAGGCUAAUGCUAAAACGAUUAUAGUUAAAUCCAAUGAUACCAAACAAUCGUUAAAACGAAAACGAUUGCUUGCUACAUGCUACCCUAUUUUUUAACACCUAUGGAGCAAGAAAACAACAAAAGUCUGCAAAGCGAUACAAUAGGAGUUCUUACUGUUUUUUCUUAACCAGUUGACCAACCAGGUCCACAACAGAGAUGACCAAUGAUACUAGCAAAUAGUGAUAAAUAAAAACAACAUUUCUUAAUGAUAAAAUAAGACAGUAGUUAUCAUCAGAUUUGACCCUUGGCAAAGUCCUGGUCGUAAUUCAAAAAAUGGAAGUACAACCUGUAAUUUUUGAACCGCAUGAAUGAACUCUAAAUUGGCUAUCGGAUCCGAAACAUUGGGUGUUAGAUUGCUAAAUCCUCUUAACACCUAAGCAACAAUUGCCAAUCAGCCAAUCACUAUUGCAUCAUGAAAUGGAUGCCAUCAGAAAGGUUUGUGCCUCUUUGGAGGAGGGGUAUUUGCCUCCAGUCACGUUUGUGGUUGUUCAGAAAAGGCAACGUACGAGGCUUUUUUCUGAGGUUCAUGGAAGACGUGAUAUGGCUGAUAGAAGUGGAAACAUUCUUCCUGGAACUGUGGCUGACCAAAAGAUUUGCCAUCCUACCGAGUUUGAUUUCUACCUGUGUAUUCAUGCUGGCAUCCAGGGGACUAGUAGGCUCACCCACUACCAUAUCCUUUACAAUGAGAAUCAUUUUACAACUGAUGCACUCCCGUCACUGACCAACAAUCUUUGCUGCACCUAUGCUCGUUGCAUCCGUGCAGUGUCAGUGGGUGAGUUUCCUUUUAUUAUAUCUCCUUUCCCUCUGUUUCCUGUCUUAAUUUGCCUUGAAGCUUGAACCUCUUUCUCUAUGAGCAUGGAACUUGGCACAGUAGCAAUUUCUUUGACAUGAUUUAUCUGUAAACUGGAGUACUGGACAAUACAACCUUGGUAACAUCUUGUUUCAAGAUUGUCCUUCAUUUAUUGCAAUCCACCUCAAUUCUUUGAUGAACAUGCAUAAAAUAUAUUCUUACAUGUCUCUGUGUGAUCUUAAUGUUCAGUGAAUUGAACAACCAGCUCUAAGUUAUCAUUUUUAUCUGCUGGAUCCAUGAUUAUCAUUUCUUUGUUACGUUUCAUCUUAGUGUCUGCCCUGGAACUAUCAUAUGAACAACUGUUAUCUUGCACAAUGCAUUAUUUCCUUGUCUUUUUUAUGCUCUAGAUGCUAAAUAAUUGGUUAGGCAGUCAGCACUAUUUGCAGUUGCUCGAGAUGGGCCUGUGGAGGUGCGCCAACUUCCAAAGAUCAAGGACAACGUUAAGGACGUUAUGUUCUACUGCAGAGCUGCUCCAUGUUCGGCACACAAGCUUUCUUUUUGCUGGAUGAUGAGGUGUUCUCUUUUUUGGUAGUAGAGAUGAUGAGAUGUUUGUGAGAGGUGGAGUUGAUGGUUUUGGUAGUUUUUUCUGUCUUGAUUUUUCCCGGUUUUGGAUCUUGUUGCUCUUAGUUUCUUCUGCUAUUCGAA